AUGCCUCUGAACAAGAACGAUGAGACUGCCAGUGGGCCUCAGCCACCGCUCUCUCCGAAGGACUUCCGAGUGUACAAUCGGAUGGCGGAACAGAUGCAACAGUUUCACAAUCAUUUCCGCUUGACUUGGAAUCAGCUGCAGGAUGCCUGUGAAGCCUCAGGAAAGCGCCCCGGCGGACUGUCUCCGCGUCAAUUGAUUAUGAUGGGCCUUGGAUUCUGCUCCCAGUUGGACUUUCACCAUUCCAUCGAGGAGGAGCACAUUUUUCCCGUCUUGGCCAAACGCAUGCCGGAGUUUCGUCGGGAGCUUUCCCUUUUGGGCCAGCAUCGCAAGAUCCAUAAGGGACUUGUCCAGCUCGAGGACUACCUGACUAAAUGCCGCUCCGGCGAGGUCGAUCUAGAACGCCCAGAAAUGAAACGCCUCAUGGAUGCGUUCGGAGAGGUGCUGUGGGCGCAUCUUGACGACGAGGUCCGUGCUCUGGAGGCAGAGAACAUGCGCAAAUACUGGUCUCUGAAGGAGAUGCCCACUCUUCCUAUGUGA